UUUUUUGGUUUUUUUUAAGUCUUCUAGAUUUCUCCAAAUUUUUAGUGAAGUUUUUGAGAUUUUUGGUUAAUGGGCAUGAUCAAGAUUGGUUAAAGUUCCAAUUUUGAUAUCCGGGUUUUAUUAAAUUUGAGAUUUUUGGUUAUGGGUAUGAUCAAGCUUGAUUAAAGAUUGAAUUUUUUAUAUCUGGAUUGAAUCAAAUUUGAUUUAAGUUUGAGGUUUUAGUUUAUGGGCAUGAUCAAGAUCAGUUAAAGAUUGAAUUUUAAUAUCUGGCUUUAAUAAAUAUUUUAAGUUGAGGUUUUAGGUUUCUGGGUAUGAUCAGGAUUAGUUAAAGAUAGGAUUUUGAUAUUUUGGUCUGACAAUAACAAUCUAGACAAAAAAAAAAAGUUGUGAUUUGAUAUUGGUGGAUUUUGUGUGUUUUUGAGAAUGGCAGUUUCGAAAUCUGGUGUAAGGAUAGAUGACUGGAGGGAGUAUUUUAGGAAUUCGAAUGCGAAUAUUUUCGAGAUAAUCGAAGGAGCAAUUAUGUUAGCUGCUUCUGAUUGUCCUAAAGAGUUUAAAGUUAGGAGAGAUGGAAUUGCUCAGAUUUUGUUUUCAUGUAAAUUGAUUAAAUGUUCUGGUUGUGAUAGAGAGGAAUUAGCCUUGCCUCUUGAUAAUCAAGAACAUGAUGAUCAUGGUCAUGAUCAUGAUCAUGGCCAUCAUGCUCUUGAUGAGGAUGAUGAUGAAGGAAUCAAGUAUAAGAGCAAUUCGAAUGAUGUUAAUGCGAAUUGUAGUAAAGGAAGUAGUAAGGUGAUCAAUGGUUCUAGAAAUGGUAAUGUUGAUUGUGUUGAUGAUGAUCAUCAAGAUUUAGAGCCUAAUGAGAAUGAUCAUCAUGUUAGUAAUUAUAGUUAUGGAGAUGCAGAAGCUCUUAGUGAUGAAAUUGAAGAAGAAUCUAGGACGUUUGACGAGGUUUUAAGGAUUAAAGAGAUUGUUGACAAUAGCUCAUAUGAGUCUGCAUCAAACUUAUGCCAUUCGUUAAGGAAGCUUCAACUGAUGGCAAUAUCUGUAGAAACUCUCAAGGCAACUGAAAUUGGUAAAUCUGUUAAUGUUCUCCGAAAGCAUGCAUCAAAGGACAUUAGACAAAUAGCAAAAUCACUAAUUGGAGUGUGGAAGGAUAUGGUUGAUGAAUGGGUUGAUGCUACUAACAAGAUCACUGUUUCUGAGAAUACCCCUGAGUCGAUGAAUCCAUCUAUUGUUGAUGAAGAGGAAGGAUUGCCUUCACCUCCUCUAGACGAUUUAGCAUUUUUGAACCCACACUCAAUGUCAUUGGAGCUAAAUGAGUUCUUUGAUGGCAUGGAUGACUAUGGAAAUCCUAGAAAAAGUAGGGAACGCAACAAGAAUGAUAAUAACGGCGGAAAGCCGCCAUUUGAGAAGCAUAACUUAUCCAAACGGGAACAACAGAAACCCUUAAAUGGAUCAACUAUGGUCCCGAAACCAACAAUGGUUAAACCAAGUAAACCUCGGGUUUCUGGCUCAUCACCGGAAAGACGUGUGAAGCCCAAUAUGUAUCGGAAACUACAAAACCCUGAAAAACUUACUCAUCCUAAGAGACCGGUCGCUCCCCUACAACGUAAACCUACCUCUCCAGAUCAGGAAACUGAACAAGACAAGCUUGAGGCGACAAAAAGGAAGCUCCAGGAACGUUAUAAGCAAGCAGAAAAUGCAAAGAGACAACGGACCAUACAAGUUAUGGAGUUGCAUGAUCUCCCGAAGCAGAGCGCCCCCAUAAAAAACCAACACACAAGGCCCGGAAGCAACCAUAACAGACACUGGGGGCAAGGGCGGUUUUAGCUGUUGGUUUUGGUAGCCGCUGAUCGGUUUUGUUGGGUCAACUGACCACGAUCGAAUGGCUCGUUUGGGACCUAAGGCAGAUCUUCGGGGAUUUCAUUAACCUUUUUCGGAUAAGAUUUGGAAAUGGUGAUUAGUUUAGUUCAAGUGGAAUGUGUCACAAUUGACUUUGUUGUAUAGAAAUGAUAUUACCAUCUACAACUACCCCCCCUUUAGUGACUUCUAAAUUGGGUGGCUGGGGCAUGGGGGGCCUACCCCACAUCCCCAACACAUUAUAACAUAAGCAUAUUCUAAGGGACAAUCCUUGAAAGCACAAAAUAAUAAGUGCAUUUUAGUAGUCAAUACAUGUGUAGAACAUGUCAUCCUUUUGGAAAAUUUUAUACAAGACUUUGUUCUCA